CGUCACUGCAGGAGGCGAACAGGACGGGCAGGUAAAGGUGAGCUCUUCCUGUUCCUGCUCCGACUCUCCAUUUGUUGACGCCUUGGGUUCUCUUUUUGAGCCCUUUUCAGAUGUGAGAAAUGGCAAAGGAUGAAAAGGAGUAUGAGAACCGCCCAGACAACACUGCCUUCACCCAGCAGAGGCUUCCAGCCUGGCAGCCGAUGUUGUCUGCUGGUAUUGUCAUCCCAGGGUUUGUUUUGAUUGGACUCGCUUUCAUCGGCAUUGGCAUUGCACUGUUUGUCACGUCACGAAACAUCCAAGUACUGGAGCUUGACUACACUGGUGAGGAGAACAACUCGCCUUGCUUUAAAUGCUCUGAUCCUGACGUCAAGAAUUGUCGGUGUGACCUGCCGUUCACCAUCAGCACUCUAAUUGAGGGACCUGUGUUCUUUUACUAUGGAUUGUCGAACUACUUCCAAAACCACAGAAAGUACGGCGUGUCGAGGGAUGAUGAUCAACUGUUUGGGGACCUCGAUAACUUUAAGAGCCCCAGUGACACCUGCGCUCCCUAUGAAUAUGAUAGCAGCAAGAAGCCAAUCGUGCCAUGUGGAGCUGUAGCCAACAGCAUGUUCAAUGAUACCUUUACGCUGUAUCGAGUUGUGAAUGGUGAAAACAAGCUGGUACCGCUGGAUGGAAAGGGCAUAGCCUGGUGGACGGACUACAAUAUCAAAUACAGGAAUCCCAAUGUCACACCUAUCAAGAAUGCUUUCAAUGGUACAGUCAAGCCGAUAUUCUGGUCCAAACCUGCCUACGAGCUGGACACCACCGAUUCCGCCAACAACGGCUUUCUCAAUCAAGAUUUCCUGGUGUGGAUGAGACGAGCCGCCCUUCCUGACUUCCGAAAACUAUAUCGACGAAUCACAGAAGGGGAAUAUGCUGAGGGGCUGCCAGCUGGAGAUUACAUCCUCAGGAUCGCUUACAAUUAUCCCGUUCUCAGCUUCGACGGCAGAAAGAAGGUGGUCUUCAGCAAUGUGUCGUGGAUGGGGGGCAAGAAUGAGUUCCUGGGUAUUGCUUACCUGGUCGUGGGCUCGCUCUGUAUCGUCAUGUCCGUUGUGAUGCUCAUCGUCUAUGCUAAGUUUAAAUUCCCAGAGGGGGAUUGAUCGUUUUUUUUCUUACUGGAGUUCCUGGAAAUUCUGUUACAAAAGGAAACAGUCAUGAAACAGGUGAAGUCAGGAAAUGCUGUGUGUCAUUUUUAUUGCUCCCUAUUGAUAUAUAUUUACUUUUACAUGUGGACAUUAACCACUUCUUAGUUAAAUCUUGAGGAGUGACUUGACCUUUUUUCUAUCAGGGAUAAAUCUUGAAUUUUCUGGAUCAAAUGGGUACAUGUGUUACAACUCAGGUUCCUUUGUCGUAAAGUUAUGUUUAUAGUUGUGUGAUUUUCUUUUUUUUCUCAGGCAACUUGUGACACUUGCUCAUUCUUUGUACCUCUUUCACCGCCAUGGGGGAAGCUAAGCCAUAGUUAAAUUUAUUUGGACCUUAUUUGUGUAUGAUUCUUUGGCACUUUGUGCAAGAAAUGUUUUAAAGUCCACACAUUUUGCUGUUAUAAACGGAAUAAUGUCAAAGACACUGUAUUUAUUUGAA